AUAACCACAGGACACAAACUUUAGCUAUUAGCGGUAGCAUGAGCUUUUAGCACAACAGAUAACACAAGUCUAUCGAAAAAAUUAACGCUGUCAGGAGUACUUUCUCUUCUGUGUCUCUAAUUUAUACGCUGAUAUGGAGCUCUAGCCUAAAUUGAACACAAAGUAUUUAGGAAAUGGUCCGACUGCAGCAGCGCCAGUAAAGAUGCACAGCCGUCUGCAGGAGUUGAAGAAGGAAGAGGAGACUCUCCUUAAAAUCAAAGUCAUGCUACAAGAACAGCUUAACAGGUUGAAGUUUGAAGAAGGGGCCUUGAAAUCCAUCAUUAAUGCUCAAACAGAAGAAGGAGCCUCUCCACAAUUGUCCCCAGAAAUAGAGGCUAAUAUUAACCUUGAUGAUGAGAGCGAGAUCAAUCGGACUAAACUGCUACUGAAUGCCGCUGAAGAUUAUGACAUGGGGGAGGAGGAGGAUGAAGACGAUGAGGAGGAGGAAGACGAUGAGGAUGAUAUAGAAGAUGACAAUGAGCUUGUGCCUGAGGAGGAUGAAGAUGAUGAUUACUGAGAGUCUCAGUGUUACCGGGGCUAAAAUAUUUGCACCUCUAAAUAAGAAUCCCAUGUAAACAGAUGUCUGUUUAUUUAACAACUUGUUUUGUACUUUCACUUAGGAAGUUUAAUUUAUUUGGACCGAGUGAGUAACAGUUGCAGUGUAUGAUGUGUGGUGCUAGCGGUAUCCUUUUUUUUUUUUUUUUGCCUGGUUUAAGACAUGUGGUCAGGAUUUCAAUUUAUGUUACAACUUGUAUCAAAUUAAGUGAGAAAUGUCUCACCAAAAUGCCGUAACACAGUGUUAUUAGGUGCUUAUAGCUAACUAGACAUGUUGUGCAUUUUGAGGGUUAGCAUUUAGAUGUAUGGCUGGGCCAUAUGUGAAGAUAUGUGUGAAGAUAUGUGUGAGUUGUGUAAGAAAUACAAAUCGUAAGCACAAAAUAAAAUGUUUUGCAUAAGGUU